UCCCUUCCUCCUCCACGAUGGCAACGGGCGCGGGAAGCUUUCCCGCCGGCGGGAUGCUCGGCCGCCUGGUGCGCGCGCGCACGUUGUCUCUGCUGUUGCUGCUGCUCGGCGUGCCCGCGGUGCGCGCGUCCUACCAUCCUCAGGGCGGCGGGGAGUGUCAAGGAAAAACGUGUGCAGGCGCGUUGGAGAAGAAGAGCGACCUGCUGGCGUGCGACCAGACCACGUGCCGAUUCGGAGGCGUGUGCAGAGACGACCACUCGCAGCUCAAGUGUGUUUGUCAGUUCCAGUGCCACAAGAAGUACGUUCCGGUGUGCGGCUCCAACGGGGACACGUACCAAAACGAGUGCUUCCGGCGCCAAGCGUCCUGCAAGCAGCAGCGGAUCAUCUCCAGGGUGGCCAACGGACCUUGUUCUGACGAUCCUGGCUCAGGUUCUGGAGAUCCAGAUGAUGAUGAAGAAGAAGAAGGUUCUUCUUCCGAUGUGAUCAAGAACAGCAAGUGCAGCACUUGCAAAUAUGGAGCCGAAUGUGACGAAGACGCGGAGGACACAUGGUGCAUCUGCAACAUCGACUGCAGCGGCCACAACGAGAAUGCUGUUUGCGCCACAGACGGCAACUCAUACAACAGUCCGUGUUUGGUCCGAGAGGCGUCCUGCAUGAAGCAGGAACAGAUCGACGUGGAACACCUCGGCAGAUGUCGAGCCGACAAAGACAAAGUGGGCAGGAAGGAUGACGGCAGCCCUUUCAAAGUAAAUGUCCUCGAAACCAAAGGACUGGAGCACGGAGACGGAUUCUACGCCGGAAUGCCUGACAGCUGCGGCGACUCGCACUCUGGGUUCUGUCUUCACGGACGCUGUGAAAUCCACCGCAACAUGCCCGUCUGCAGGUGCGAUUCGGGGUACAAAGGCGUCCGCUGCAACGAGCUUCAGGACUUCAACGUGCUCUACGUGGUCCCCAGUGGCCAGAAGCUGCAUUACAUCCUGAUCGCAUCGGUCAUCGGCGCCGUUCAGAUCGCCAUCAUCGUGGCCGUCGUCAUGUGCAUCACAAGGAAAUGUCCAAAGAACAACCGUGGCCGACGACACAAACACAACCUGGGACAUUUUUCUGCAGACACUAACUCUCGGAUGGUAUAGCCUCCUUUUCCUCCUCCCUUCUUCCUUUUUUUUGUUGUUGUUCUUAUUUAUUUUGGGGACGAAGCUCCUGGAUUGGGAUCUGGGACAAAUGUUGAAGAAGAUGAGGAGCGUAGGCAGCCUUAUUUCUUCUUCCUUUACUCACCCCACCUUGAACAACUGAGGAAUGUUGGCGCAUCCCGCGCUCUGAUUUUCGAGCUUCGGAAACGUGGACGACCAAAUGAACGACUCUUGAUUACAACAAGUUCUUAUAAUGAUGAUCAUAUUAACAUUGAUGAUGACUCGUUUCUGAUUCUCGUGAUGUCAUAGUAGUCGUCGUGUGGUUCUUCGUUGGAUUUCAGUUGGCAUGACAACCGCCGUAAUCGUCUUUUCUGUGUUGACCUUUCAGCAAGCGCACACGGCAGCUUUUAAUUCCGGCCAGUGUAAUUUAUGAUUAGUAUACGCAUUUAUGUGCAGCUGGACUUUUAUUUUGAAGUGUCGGCCUGCUUCCUUUUCCAUGA